CUCAUCUCAUCAGCACCAUGUAGAGCUGCAAUCCAGGGCAGAAGAAUGCAGGGGGAUCAGAAUGAAGAAGAAACAGCUUGAUGCAUGGCACAAGCAGAGUGGGGGAUGUUCUAAAGAAGCUGGAGUGUGUUUUCCACAGCUGACAGAGAGUAAAGUAUACCUCGGGGAAGAUGUAUGCCUUCUACUCGCUGCUGGUCUACAUCUUCUACACGGUUUUUAAGAAGGAUGAGGAGACUGUGCUUGAAGGGGCAUGUGGAGAGACUUCAGAGGAUCCUGGCCAUGUUUCCAUGGAAACAGGGAGCAGGAGGAAGGUUGGCCACACCCCCAGGUCGGGAAAAAGGCAAUAUGACAGAAUCAGUGAUUCAAGCAGCAGCAGCAGCAGUGAGAGCGAUGAUCUGUCUCUCAGUGAUGAAGAUGGUGACGCUGAUGAAAGUUACUCUAUCCCGGCUAAGACACCUUUGGCCGCUUUCUUGUCCUUCAAACAGGAAACGGAAAAGAGGAAAGUUUCCAGUGUCCACACUGAAACAGGAGAAAAGAUGAUCGAACCUCCUCUGGUGGCAGUGAUGUCUCAUCUACUGAGCUUCCUUGAGCAGUACUCACACCUACAGCAGCUACAGCAGCAAGCUGAGCAGUACCGCAUGCAGCUGCGCAGGCACCGAGUGCAGCACCGGCGAAAGAUGAAAGCUCUGCGUAGCUCUUACAGGCAGCGGCUUCGUGACAAGAGCAGCGUGAUCCACAGCCUGGAGGAGGCCAUUGCUCAGCAGCAAACACCUUCACCUGAUAAUGACACAGGGACUCCAGGCCUGCAUAAGCUGGUGCAGUCUCUGUGUGGCCUGCAGGGGGAGAGGAGUCUGCUGCGAGGUGAGCUGCGUCUCCUCCACUCACAGCUGGAGCAGAGAGAACAGGACCGACACUCCAAAGUACAAGCCUUCCAACAGCAGAUUGACGAGCUGAAGAGCUGCAUCGAGGAACGGGAAGAAGAGCUUUCCAAACUCCGCAUUGCCUCUGGAGAGACUGACUCGGAAAAGCGCAUGCUGUGUUUGUCAGCUGAGAAUGAGAGUCUGAAACAGAGCCUGUCAGUGACUCAGGGUCUCCUACAGCAGCUGUCCAUUAUCCCAUCUCAGUCCAGCUCACUGCUCAUUAAGGAAAACGAGAAUCUGCGCAGCCGUGUUCUGCAGCUGGAAAGCACUUUGCAGCAGCGAGCGGAGCAGCUCUCACGCCUGGAGCGCCAGAGCGAGCAGGACCAGUGGCGCAGGGGAGAGGAGCUCUGGAGACGAGAUGAGAGAGUGAAAGAGCUUCAGCUCGAACUUGAUAAGGAACGCAGCAAGGAGCCUGUAGUGAAAUAUGUCACUCGGACGGUGGAAGUGGAGUCUCCAUCGACAUUGAGGCAGCUCACCGAGGCCAGACAGAAAAACGAUCACCUAAAACAGAGGUUGUCCAACGAGAAAGAACGAUGCAAACAGCUGGAGGAGAAAAUCCGACGCUCAGACGAAGUCAGCUGCAAUCUUCAGCAUAAGAUUGCUGCAUAUGAAAGAGAGAUUGAGAGCCUACAGGCGGAGCUGAUGAAGGAGAUCGAACAUCUGGAGGAAAAAAAAGAUGAAGCUGUAAAAGCAGCGGCAAACUGUUCGCAGGAGCAGUUUCAGAGCCUGCAGGAUCAGUUCAUGACUCUACAGCGGCGUCUGAACGCUCUUCCUCCCACCCUGCGCUCGAUGAAGACAGACUAUGCCAGUCUGCGCAGUCAGGUCCGCAAUUUUGCAGAGUUUUAUGGAUCAGCCAUCAAAGAAGCCAAGAAACAGAUCUCAGCAGCAAUAAAUGAAAUGUCUGAGGCCAAUAAGGACCUGCUGGAGAAAUACAGGAAAGAGGUUGCCCUUCGCAGGAAAUACCACGAGCAGUUAGUAGAGCUGAAAGGCAACAUCCGUGUCCUGUGCCGCGUGAAACCGGUUCUUAAAGAGGACCAGCAUGAUGAGUGUCAGGCUGUCGCUGUGACCACAGACCCACACAAUGAAUCUGCUCUCAGUGUCCUGAGUAAGGGCAAAGCCAAGACCUUUGAACUGGACAAAGUCUUUCACCCUCAGGCUACUCAAGAGGAGGUGUUCCAAGAAAUCGAGCCCCUGAUCACUUCCUGCAUAGAUGGAUAUCAUGUGUGUAUCUUUGCGUACGGACAGACAGGCUCAGGGAAGACCUACACUAUGGAGGGUCCUGUGGACAACCCAGGCAUCAACCAGCGAGCUCUGAAACACCUUUUCAAUGAGAUCGAGGAAAGGAAAGACAUGUGGAACUACACGAUCACGGUCAGUUCAGUGGAAGUCUACAAUGAGGUUCUCAGAGAUCUGCUGAGUAAAGAUGGAGAGAAGCUGGACAUCAAAAUCAAUCCAGAUGGCACGGGUCAGCUCCAUGUUCCUGGUCUCAGGAUCAAAGAAGUCAAAAACUUUCAGCAUAUCAAAAAAAUCCUGGCAACAACACGGAGAAACAGGAUAACGUUUGGGACACAAAUGAACCAGCAUAGCUCUCGUUCACAUGCUCUGCUCACCAUUACAGUGCAGGGAACAGACCUCGCCACCGGCACCAAAACCACCGGUAAGUUGAAUCUGGUGGACCUUGCUGGUUCGGAGCGAGUGUCCAAAUCAGGGGCGGAGGGUGAGCGGCUGAAAGAGGCCCAGAACAUCAAUCGCUCACUGCUUGCACUGGGAGACGUGAUCCAGGCCCUUAGGGGCCGUCAGACCUACAUCCCCUUCAGGAACUCACGCCUUACGUAUCUGCUGCAGGAUUCACUGGGCAAGGGCAACAAAACCGCCAUGGUGGUGCAGAUUUCCUCACUGGAAAGGAAUGUUGAAGAGACCCUGUGCUCGCUGAAGUUUGCGCAGCGGGUGUGUAAAGUGGAGCUGGGCCCUGCAGCACGCAAGAUUGAAAGCGGAAGCCAUUGUGACAAUUACUCCUAAAGCUAAUUUCACCAGCACACUUCUGCAAGUUGAAAUCAAGGAAUAUAUCCAUCCCUAAGCGUUUGCUUUUGUCUAAGACCUCUAUAACGAGACUUCCAGAUGAUUUUAAGGGCUACGGUUCAGGAAGCCACACAAGUAGCAUCUAUUUCUUACUGCUGAGUAUUCGCAAGAGCCAUGCCUAAUGCCUGAACAGCUGCGGCUCCUUCCUACCGGCUGAGCGGCAUGUCAGAGUGCAAUAUCCGUGCAGGCAGGUUGCUCCGCUGCACUACACUACACUACACUACACAACCAUAUCGUCUUGCUUGAUAAAUGACAUUUUAUUGACCGGGCACUCUCGAGUGCAUCGAAAAAUAGAAGGUCAUGAAUUUAUCUACUAUAACAACUGCAUCAUCACUUCCUCACACGUUGAUGCUGCUGUAAUGAUCUAUUUAGACAUUUUCAGGUUAACGCUGUGACAUACGUCGGUAGCUGAUCUACACUGAGGUGGUGAAAAUGUGUUGAGCUUUUGUGAUUAUGUAACUGUAUGAAGCUAGUUUUUGUGUUCACUCCACUCCGUUGUAUACCGUCGUAUGUGCUGAGGUUGGUCAUUCUAGACGGAUGUACUGACGGGCACAAAUGUGUGGCACUCUGGGAAACCUACCAGGCAUUGCUUGAUAGAACAAGGAAAAAAAGAUGACAAAUUGGGCUUUGGACGUUCUGGCUGUAGUUCUGCAGCUUUUAAAAAAAAAAUUAAAUACACUUACAUCUGAGCACGUUAUUAGGAACACUAUACUAAUACUAGUAAGGCCUCACUUACAGUUCUUCAUAUCAUUGAUAAAUUCCUUUGUGAUUCUGGUCCAUGUUAACGUUCCACUUUCAUGACAUGAAUCUCCAGUUUUUUUUAUCACAUUCAAAAGAUCUUAUAAUGGAUUCCGUCCUGGUGACUGGGAAGGUGACUGUACCACACUGAACUCUUUUGAGUUCAAACAUUUGCUUAGUGUCAUGCUGGAAGUAGGCUUUAGAAGGUGGUCAAUUUUGGCCAUGAAGGGAUUCACAUGAUAAGAAACAAUAUUCAAAUAGUCUGAUAACUGAUUGAUAAACAGUGUGUCAAGAAAACAUUCCCCACACCAUUACACCGCCUCCACCAGCCUGUACUGUUGACACAAGGCAGGUUCGAUCCAUUAAGUCAUGCUGUUGGUGCCAAAUUCUGACCCUACCAUCUGUGUCUCAGCAGAUAUUGAGAUUUAUCACAUCAGGCUUUGUUUUUCUAUUUGGUGAGUCUCAGCGUUCUGUUCUAAGUAGAACCUGACACGAUCUUCUGCUGUUGUAGCUCAUCUGGCUCAGGUUUAUAAAUGUUGUGUACUCUGAGAUGCUGUUCUGCUCAACACAAUUAUAGAGUGGUUACCUGAGUUGCUGCAGUCUUUGUCAGCUUGGACAGGUUUGGCCAUUCUUCCCUAAUCUCUCAUUAACAAGGUGCUUUUGGUCUACAAAACUGGAUGUUUUUCUUUUUUGAAUCAUUCUGAGUAAAUUCUAGACUGUUGUGUUUGAAAAUCAGGUUAUAGAAAUACUCAAAGCAGUCCAACUCAUCUGGCACCAACAACCAUGCCACUGAGAUCACACGUGUCCUUCAUCCUGAUGGUUGAUGUGAACAUUUACCUGUUUACUUGUUGGCUCGUAUCCACACGAUAACUGCAUCGAUGACCAGGUGUAUCGAUGUUCCUCAUUUAUGUUCCAUAUAUUACUCAAUAAGAACUUGGAAAUUGUUUUAUUCAUUCACAUCACCAUGUAAAGGGUUUUCCCAGGCUGGAACACAACUAAGAUCACACAAUUGAGAUUGACUUUUGUGUAGUAAAACCUUAAUCCCUGAAUUCUGUUAUAUAGUGUAGAACCAGCUCGUUUGAAUUAUUCUCUGUGCAGUGUUUGUGGGAGGUUCAUAAUGGAGUAAUGAUUAUUGUAGGAUGUUUCUUUCUUCGAGCAGAUACGUUUAACUAGCCAUUAUUUUUCAGAUAGCAAAUGAGAAAUGCACUUUACUUCCAAUACAAAACUAGGUGCUUUGUCCAUAGAACUAGUGUUAAUAUUUAAAUACAAUGUUUUUGUAUUUAGUUCAGCUUGUGCCAUUUUCUGUUAGUAGUUAAUUAAAAUGAAUAUUUAUACAAGAUUAAA